CACGUCCAUCUGCGUGUGGGCGGCUCUCCCGGAAAUGCGAGUGGCUUUGAAAGCCCUUCUUCCCCCCUGCAGAACUCUGACUCGUCUGUAGGUCAUUAAGUUUUUCAGUUCAAGAAGCACAGGGAACUGCUCGAGAGAGUCCAGCGCAGAGCCACGAAGAUGAUUCAGGGAGUGGAGCACCUCCCUUAUGAGGAAAGGCUGAGGGAGCUGGGGCUCUUUAGCUUGGAGGAGACUGAGGGAUUACCUCAUUAAUGUUUAUAAACAUGUAAAGGAUCUUGGUAUGGAAAGAGCUUGACUAUGGCUUGAUGACAGAGGCAGAGAAACAAAUGCUCGUUUCGGAAGUGAAUUUGCUUCGUGAGCUGAGGCAUCCGAAUAUUGUCCGGUAUUAUGAUCGGAUCAUUGACAGAAGCUGCACAACCCUGUACAUCGUGAUGGAGUACUGCGAUGGGGGCGACCUGGCUACCCUGAUUGCAAAGUGCACCAAAGAAAGGAAUCACUUGGAAGAAAGCUUUGUUCUCAGAGUAUUGACUCAAUUGACACUGGCCCUGAAAGAAUGUCACAGGAGAAGUGAUGGUGGAGUCACUGUGCACCGUGACCUAAAACCAGCAAAUGUCUUUCUAGACAGCAAGCAGAAUGUGAAACUUGGAGAUUUUGGACUGGCUAGAAUAUUGCACCAUGACACCAGCUUUGCCAAAACGUUUGUUGGAACUCCAUAUUAUAUGUCUCCAGAACAAAUGAACCACAUGUCAUACAAUGAAAAAUCUGACAUCUGGUCUCUAGGAUGCCUCCUGUAUGAAUUAUGUGCUCUCUCGCCUCCGUUUAGAGCUUACAACCAAAAGGAGUUGGCAGAAAAGAUAAGGGAAGGGAAGUUCAGACGAAUACCGUAUCGUUACUCGGAGCAGUUGAAUGAACUUAUCAAAGAGAUGCUGAACGUAAAGGAUUAUUGCCGACCUUCUGUUGAAGAUAUUCUGCAGCACCCCUUGAUAGCAGACUUGGUGACAGAACAACAAAGACAAAAUUCUGAUAAGAGAGGCCAGAGAUCAUGUGAGCCAGAAAGGCUGCAGCAUUCAGAUGCUGCAAUGAAUGAGCUGAAAUGGAAGGAACAACAAUUACAGGAGCGAGAACAAGCCAUUAAAGAGAGAGAGCAACGUUUGGAGCAGAGAGAACGGGAACUCUGUGUUCGAGAGAGGCUGGCAGAGGACAAACUUGCUAGAGCUGAAAACUUGAUGAAGAACUACAAUCUAUACAAACAGCAGAGGAUAUUAUCUUGUGCGGAUGGUCCAGAUAAUGUGCUCCUCCCCCUUUCUACAACCAAGAAGAAAGUACAUUUUGGUGGAAGUGAAAAGAAUGCUGUGCCACCUGCUGAUUUGGAAAACCAUCCCCUUCCAAAAGGGAAAUGCUCUGAUCUCAAAAAACGUCUAUAUGCUGCAAAUCUACGGGCUCAAGCACUGUCUGAACUGGAAAAAAACUAUCAACUAAAGAGCAGGCAGAUCUUGGGCAUGCGCUGAAACCGUAGCAUAGAUGUACAGUAUUUAACUUUUUAGAGUUGAUUAAUGUAUAGGAAGAUAUUUGUGACUCCUGCUUUAAAGUUGGAACCUACUGAAAAUAUAUUUAAACAGUUGUUAUAUAAACUUAGUCUAUAACAGGUUUUUCAUGAUAAAGGCAUAUGAGAUUAUGUUAUGAAAACAGGUAGUUUUGAUACCAAGCUAGAUGAGCUGAAUUAAUUGUAUUAGUAAAGAAAAAAUACCUUGGUCCUGCUUCUGUUUGCCAUACUUUGUUCUUCUGAAAAUGUAUAGAAUGAAUAUUGUAAAACAGAUUUUUUUUUAAUCUGUUGUGAAAAACUUUUCAGAUGAAAAAUGUACAGACUCACAAUCUAUAUUUUAAAAUGAUGCUGUAUGUAAUGUACAGUACUUGAUUAAAGAAGUAUUGAUAUUUUGUA